UAUAGCUGCUAAGUGCACACGCUAUCUUAGGAUUGGUUUCCCACCUAGAGUUUCCGAGUGUUUUUAUAUUAUCUUGGUCUGUUGUGAAUUUUUAGUUAUUAUACUUUCAGAAGAACUGAAGAAGAAGAUAUCAUCAACAAGGAACAGAUUUUGAGUUCAGAGUAUCACCGUAUUCCAUGGGUAACUGUUUUGGUAGUUCAGGCAAAGUGGAUAAUGUUCAAUCCUCAACAACAAAUACUUCUACCAACAAUUCAGGUGGCUCAAAAAUCUCUAGUGCAACGAGUACAUCCCCGCCUUCUACUACUCUUCCUACGCCAAGAUCUGAAGGUGAGAUUCUGUCAUGCCCAAAUUUGAAGGCAUUCACUUUCAGUGAACUGAAGAGUGCAACUAGAAACUUCCGUCCCGAUAGUCUUAUCGGAGAAGGAGGAUUCGGUUGUGUUUACAAAGGAUGGAUUGAUCAUCAAACUCUAACACCUUCAAGGCCUGGUUCUGGCAUGGUUGUUGCUGUCAAGAAGCUUAAACCUGAAGGUUUUCAAGGUCACAAGGAGUGGUUGACGGAAGUUAACUAUCUCGGCAUGCUUCAUCAUCAACAUGUUGUUAAACUCAUUGGAUAUUGCAUGGAUGGCGAGAAUCGGCUUUUGGUCUAUGAGUUCAUGCCCAAGGGCAGUCUGGAAAACCAUUUAUACAGAAGAGGUGUUCAACCACUUUCUUGGGGAAUUAGGAUGAAAGUUGCCACUGGAGCUGCUCGGGGGCUUUGUUUCUUGCAUGAUGCAGAAUCACAAGUUAUAUACCGUGACUUCAAAGCUUCUAAUAUCCUUUUAGACGUGGAAUUCAAUGCAAAGCUUUCCGACUUCGGCUUGGCUAAGGCCGGCCCUACUGGUGACAGGACUCACGUUUCAACCGAAGUCAUGGGUACUCAAGGCUAUGCUGCACCAGAAUAUGUUGCCACAGGUCGAUUAUCAGCAAGGAGUGAUGUUUACAGCUUUGGGGUUGUAUUGCUAGAACUCCUGUCAGGACUGCGUGCUGUAGAUAAGAGUAAGUCUGGUGUGGAACAGAAUCUAGUUGACUGGGCAAGGCCAUAUUUGAGCGACAAGCGUAAGCUAUUCCGAAUUAUGGACACAAAGAUGGAAGGGCAGUAUCCGCAGAAAGGAGCAUUUAUGGCUGCAACCCUUGCCUUACAGUGUCUCAGCACUGACCCUAAAGUUCGACCACAAAUGGCUGAGGUCUUACAAAAACUAGAAGAAAUCCAAGCACCAAGGAACUUGGUUAGAAACUCCCCAUCAGAGCACUCCAGUCCCUUAAACAGAUCCCCAUUGAGACAUAGUCAUCAACAUUCUACGCCUUCGAAUCUUACUCCUCGUGGCUCCCCUCUGCCGUCUCGGUCCCCCUUGCCCUCUCGGUCACCAUUGCCUACCUGCAAGCAGUCACCUCAAGUUCGCCAAGGAAGUGGAUAAAUAUACUCGUCAAACCCAGCUUCUCCAUUGUAUAUUACAUUCCUUCCUUAGAAUCAGCUGUCUCUGGGUUCUUACCCAAUUUUUUGAAUUCGAGGCACUUCGGCCGGUUCUUUCUUACUAGUGUAGUUAUUCCCAUAUACUCUACGAAGUGUUGUUGUGCUUAGACAAUUAUAAUAUGUUUGUAUUCAUGGAUUGUUUCAUUUUCCUGAAACAAAUCCAAUCUAUAGUCUUAAAGCAGUAUGGAUGAAUGUACAAGGUUUUUGUAUCUCUGAUAAAAAGAAACUGAAGGUAAACAUAAUGUUCUUCUUUCA